AUGGGUUUCACAACUAAUGAACCAAGAUAUAAUGUAUUUGCACGUGAUCUAUUGGACAUAUCAGCAACUGGAACGAAUGACUAUUUAUCAUCUCCAAUAAGUGUGUUCUUGCUUUUAACAACACUUCUCGGUUCAGGAGGACCCAAGGGUAAUACAAAAGUUCAGAUUGCUGAAGCCUUAGGACUUGAUGACGUCAAAGAAGAUCAAAAAUUUGCUUCACGAAUUUUCGCUUUACUAUAUCAUAAUUUGACAGACGAAAAAAUAGAAGGAAAACAAAUUGUUUCAAUAGGAAAUGGAAUGUUUUUGCAGAAUAAAACCAAUAUAAAACUGAAUUUCUUGACCAGGAUGAGUAAUAUAUUCUACAAUGAUGUAUUAAACGUAGAUUUUACCAAAGUGGAAGAUGCUAGAAAAAAUAUUAAUGAAUGGGUUAGUAACAAAACAUGCCGAUUGAUUCCCACUGUUUUGGAGAAACCACUACCAGCGACUACUGUUCUUGCUUUAAUCAAUACCUUACACUUUAAAGGAAAAUGGAAAAAACCGUUUUCCAACUAUUCGACUACAGAAGGUAAAUUUAAGCCCAACAAUCAAUCCAUAAUAAAAAUACCGAUGAUGCACAUUACCGACAGCAUUGAUUAUGGUACAUUCCCAAAAUACAAAAUUCAUAUGAUUAGUAAAUCAUUCAUGAAUUCACGAUUUUCGUUUGUUGUGAUAUUGCCAACUGAACCGGGAAAACUCAAAUAUGUCGAUAAAGUGUUACGUGGUGACAUCAAACUGCCUCAUUUAGUGAGUAGACUUGAAAGUAAACAAGUUGCUUUAUCUUUACCGAGAUUUCGAUUGGAUUUCUCAAUUGAUCUUAUUGAAACGUUGAAAAACAUGUAUAUCACUGAUUUGUUUGACUCUAAUGAAGCAAAUCUUGGAGGAAUUACGAAUGCCAGAAUACAUGUACAAGUUCUUCAACAAAGUGUUGCUUUAAAAGUAAAUGAAGAUGGUGUGGAAGCAGCAGCUGCUACAGUAAUGGGUAUUGGUUUCAGAAGCGCUAGACCUCCCCCUAGUGUUCGUUUUGACGUUAGUGAAUCAUUUGUUUGUUAUGUUUAUGAUAAAAUACUGAAAACUAGUUUGUUUGCCGGUCGCAUAAUUAAACCCAUACCUUUAACGAACAAUAAAUAAACGAAAUCUGAAGUGUAGUCAAAAUACGAAACAUCCAUUACGGUAGCAACUAUUGUACACUUGCUCUGAUGAUUUACAAAUAAUUUUUUCGCUACAUAGCUACAAAUAUAUCAGUUUUAACAUAUGUA